AUGUUUACCUUUGUAAUUUCAUCUGUGUCUGCCCUGUCGUCGUCUCCUCGAUCCCAAAGAAAGAAUACAGUAUUACAGUCUGAAACCUAUCAUGGUCUGUGAUUUUAUGUCUUUUUAACUUAUUUGAUAGUUUAUUUUUUUUAUCUAAUCGUGUUUUCGUUUUGUCUGAGGCUUCUUGGAUCCCUCCCUCUCAAGCAGUCCCACUUCGCGUGAACCUCCAGCCGUCAGAAAUCAGCGAGUAUGAUGUUUUUCCUGCUAGUCUAAGUGUUGAAGUCACUUCAUCCCAUCCCCGCAUUGUUCGUCAUUCUCGGAGCGUUAAGAGAUCAUGAAAAUGGUUUUAUCUCAGCGUCAGAAAGAGGAGCUAAACAAAGCAAUUGCAGACUACCUAUCCAGCAACGGAUACACAACUGCCCUUGAAGGCUUAAAGAGAGAUGCAGAUAUCUCAGGAGAAGUGGAAAAGAAGUAUGGAGGAUUGCUGGAAAAGAAAUGGACUUCAGUCAUUCGUUUGCAGAAAAAAGUUAUGGAACUAGAAUCAAAAUUGUCUGAGGCAGAGAAGGAGUUUAUUGAAGGAGCUCCGACGCGAGCGAAGCGGUCACCAACAGAAUGGAUCCCUCGAGGCCCUGAAAAAUUCUGUCUGUCAGGUCACCGUGCCCCUGUAACCAAAGUUAUCUUUCAUCCAGUAUUUGGUCUGAUAGUGUCUGCUAGUGAAGAUGCUUCAAUUAGAGUAUGGGACUAUGAAACAGGGGAAUAUGAGCGAUCGUUGAAAGGACACACUGAUUCAAUACAGGACAUAGCGUUUGACCAUACUGGUAAAAUUUUAGUAUCAUGCAGUGCCGAUAUGAGCAUUAAAAUUUGGGAUUUUACUCAAGGAUACCAGUGUAUCAAGACUAUGCACGGUCAUGAUCACAAUGUCUCUGGAGUAGCUUUUAUGCCCAAUGGUGACUUCAUUGUGUCAGCAUCCCGGGACAAAACCAUCAAAAUUUGGGAAGUUGCUACAGGGUAUUGUGUAAAAACCUUUUCUGGUCAUAGAGAAUGGGUGAGACAAGUCAAAGUGUCGCCUGAUGGGUCUUAUAUUGCAUCCUGCUCUAAUGACCAUACUGUCCGAGUGUGGGUAGCUGCUACGAAAGAAUGCAAAGUGGAACUCAGAGAUCAUGAGCAUGUAGUUGAAUGUAUAGCAUGGGCUAACGAGUCAGCAAAUUCUGCAAUCAACGAAGCAGCUGGGGGUGAUAACAAGAAAGGAGCUUUUGAAGGGCCCUUCCUCGUCUCAGGUUCCAGAGACAAAACACUGAGAGUGUGGGACGUUAGUUCUGGCUUAUGCUUGUUCACCCUCAUAGGCCAUGAUAAUUGGGUCCGAGGUGUAGUUUUCCAUCCUGGUGGCAAGUACAUAAUUUCAGCCAGUGAUGACAAAACGCUUCGUGUGUGGGAUAUUCGCAACAAGAGGAAUAUGAAAACACUGGACGCUCAUUCGCAUUUCUGUACAUCCCUCGACUUUCACAGGACCCAGCCAUAUGUAAUAACUGGUAGUGUGGAUAAAACAAUCAAGGUCUGGGAGUGCCGUUAAUCAAACCGUGCCGAUUCGAAAUCAAUUGGAACGACAACUUCACCGCUAUGCUCUUUCGUUUUGCACGUUAACUUUGCAAAUUUUUUACUAUUUAUUUUUGUCAUCAUGACCGGUGGCUCGCUUGUGAAUAUUACAGUAAUUUUAACUGUACAUUGUACUGUGUAGAUAAACAAUUGUAGAUUUUUUCCUCUUACUUCGAAACUAUGUUUUAAUUUCAAAGAUAUCCUCAUUUUGCGAUUGCGGAAGUAAAAUAAGUUAAUUUUGUAAAAAGUUUUUUUUUUUCGCGCAGGCUUCUUUUGUCCCAUAACCAAAUGAAUUUCUGUUUUCCCCCCUUGGCAUUCACAUCUAAUAGCUUCUUCUUGUUCUAUUUUCGUUCCUGUUGUACAUACAUUUUGUAUUUUACUUAUUUUAAAUUCCCCUCUAAUUUGUACAUUGUUGUUUUGAAUCUCGACCUGAGGUUUUGAAAUCCAACUUCUAAUUUCCUUAUCUCCCUUUUUUCCUUUUUCUCAUAGGCGUUAAUUUUAUUUAAUUUUUUUUUUAUUUUCCAGUUGAAGUUAAUAAAAUAUUCAUUUAUUGUACUUUACUUAACAUUUAUUUUUUGAACCAUCAAUGUUCAUUGAUUAGGUAUUUCACUGCUUUGAGAUAAGUCUAGAGCAAAAUUUCAGUCAUGCAGUCAGUUAUGAAAUGUAAUAGAUUUCCUAGUAAGGCAGGAAUUUCGGCAUGCUAUCAUACACAGUUAAAAUUGUAGUAAAGAAUGAUGAGAUGUUUUGAAAAUUUUAAUUUUACGUUUUCAAAAAGAAAAAAAAAGUUGUCAUCAUGGUGAGGAAUUGUUUAACAAUAAAUCACUUAUCUCCCUCUGUUUCCUCGUAUCAACUAUUUUUCCUUGGUUAAUUCUUUAAAGCCUUUGAGAUAAAAGAAUCUUGCUUUCUAAAUGCCUGAAAUUGAAGUUAAUCAGAGACUUAGGCAGAGGUUUCAGACCUCUAUUCAAUGGAGUAACUUGAAGCUUGUACAAGAUCGGAGCCACCUCAUACGCCUUAGGAGGCCUUAUCUGUUUGAACUCCUACAGAAAUAGCUUUUGUUUUUUGUUCUUUAUGUAAAAGAUUGCAUAAAAAACCUGUCAUCUAAGUAAUUGUACAAUUAUUUGGUUAAAAUCAUUCCAAUCUUUCAACUGAAAUUCGAUAGUGAUACUUGGUUGAAGUGGAUAGCUUUUCACCACACAGUCCAAGGGAGCAGUAAUACUGUUUUGUAUGUGAGAGAGCUUAAAAUAUUAAAGUUUUUUAUAGAGUG